GGGGCGUCGGGGCUGCCGACGCCGGGCCAGCUCUACGCCGAGUUCGCGAGCCUCAUGGGGGAGGGCUUGGGCGGCCUCUUCGACUGGGGCACGUGGAGAAGGCGAAGCACGCAGGCGCAGGGGCCGUUCCUGCGGGGCCGAGAGCAGGCCGCGCGCUGGAGGCACGUCGGCAGCCUGCCGCGGGAGAUGCCCCAGGCACGUCGCCGCCUUCGCUUCGAGCAUCGGCGGCCGCGGGAGCUGGCCUUGCUCUCGGCUCUGCAGGGUAAGCUCGGGCGCCUUGCGGCGAAGGCUGAGGCUGAGCUGGCUAGGGAGCUCUGCUCAGUCGGAUACUUCACUUUCCAGGAGCUGCAGGCGCUGGAGAAGCAUGCCAUGGCGGUGGCGGAGAAGUUCGAGAGGCGCCGUGCGGUGCAGCGCUCGCGCAGCUGGUGCGAGUGGCCGCAGCUG